AUGUUUGCAUCUGCUCACGAGCUGCUGCUGUAUCAGCAGACGUUGUGGUCGGAGAUUUGCUCUGGUACUACUACUACAGACGAGACAUUGACGACGGGGUGGAGCGAGCAGAGUAAAGCGCUGAUGCCGCCAUCAGUGUUUGCUAGUGCCGCGUUCGAUCCAGUGCGAGAUUUCCAGCAGCAAGGGUUCCUUGAACUGUUUAAAGCAAGUGUGUACACACAACAGAGUCCGAGGAAUGUGGUGCACGUGUGUUCGGACUAUGUGGAGGGAACGUGCCGUGCAGCAGGAGGCAAGGUGGAGAGAGUGAGGACACGAGUGCUCGAGCGAGGCUUUGGAGCUGCGAUUCACUGCUGUGUAAAGUUUGAUGAAUAUUCGCUGGCGUCGCAUUGUUAUGAAGUGAUGGAAAGCACACGAGAGAGGCUCGUUUGUGCUGGGGACGGCUUACCGGUGGACGACGCGAUCGAUGAAGCUGCAGAGAGGGUUGGUAUCGUGGAUGAAGUGCUGCUAGCUGAUGAAAAUAUAUACGUCAACGUGUUGAAAGCAUGUAUGGAGAUCGAGGAUUUCUCCACGUUUAAAGAUGCGUUCCGCGGGAUGGUAGCUCGAGGUGUGGCUCGUAGUGCUGGAUUCGGGUCAGCGAUUCGUUAUUGUCACAAGCAUUUGGAUCCAGUGUUCCUUGAAGAAGUGUUGGACGGGGUAUUCUGGACAGAACAGAAGCUUGCAGGUGCCUGGACACUAGAGGUAGAAAACUGUAACGAUGCGCUUGGCUGUUUUGCCGCUACGAAAAGACCGGACCAAGCCAAGGAGCUGUUCUCGCAAAUGCUGAACAACUCGUUGAUAGUGUUCACAUCGCUGCUGUCCAUCUACAUGCGCCGUCGUGAAGUAGGCAAUGCUGUUGCGCUCAUUGGUGCGAUGGAAGAGCAUGGUAUCGUUCAGGAUGUGAAGGCAUUAACGACUGUGGCGUUCAUUCAUGCAUCUCGCGGUGACUGA